UAUGUUAUCAAAAAAAUACCAGCACAUCCAUUGAGAUUUGGAGCAACGUUCAAUUUUGAUUUUGUGAAUGAAAUCAAGAAGUCCAUAAAUGAAGAAGGUUUUGAAAUGUUCAAGAAUACAAUUUUUGGACCAUAUUUGAAUAUUCCGAAAUGUAAUUUCCAAGGCCAGAUUACUAAAUGCUUGUUGUUGUUGGAGGUGAAACACGAUAACAAAGAUGUAUUGCAUGUUCGACAUGCUAACGGGACUGUAUUGCAGUUUGGUAUAAAGGAAUUUGCCAUUGUAACUGGCCUUAAAUGCAAAGGAAAUGUGACAUAUUUUUCAUAUCCGGAAUCCACUCCGAGCCGGUUACUACAAAGGUAUUUCCCUGAUUCAACUGCAGGUAUAACCAAGAGCCGCUUGAUACCUUUUGUAAUGGGUAAUUGGGAUACCACACAGGACGCCGUUCAGAUGGCAAUCUUAAACUUCAUCAAUACUUUCAUCUUAUGCCAUCUUGGUGAGACCUCCAUAAAGAUUGAAGAAUUUCUAAUGGUUGAAGAUUGUACGUAUGAAUUGUAUCCUUGGGGAAAGAUUGCAUUCGAUAAGCUAAUUACAUCACUCAGGCAAGACUUCAACCAAAGCAAACAGAUGUAUCGCUUAUUUGGUAUGCCUUAUGCACUCAAUGUAUGGACUUAUGAAUGUGCAUCUAGUAUAAAUCCAGUGAUUGUUGUUAAAGUAGCGAAUGGUAUUCCCAGGAUUUGUAAUUGGAGUGUCGUGGCUGUAAAGCCAAAAUAUGAAAAGUUUGUGUCUAGCAUUUUCUCCGAGAAUGCAUGUUCAAACAUUGUACUAACACAAGAUGAAGUUGAGGCCUUUGAUUUACCCGAUAUUCAAUAUGCACAUACUCCUGAACCAUCCACAACAGCAGUGCUGCCAAACAAAGUGCAAACAAGGGCUUCCACUUCAGGUUUUGAGGAUUUCUCAACAAGCCCUCCUCAUCAUUUAUUGACAAAAUCAUCACGUGUGUCUGGUACAUCAUCUCCACCACCACCCAAAAGGAGAAAGAAAAUUGAUACACCUAAAACAAAGGUGUUGGAACCUGAAUUGCCAGAACAGUUAAGGCCGCCAUUAAACCAGUCAUUUUCAAUGCCGGAUGAAGCACCUACCCUACCUGCUAAUGUAUCUUUUGCCCAUGUCUCUUCACAAGUCCAAAAAGAUAAGUCUGUAUAUCCCGAUAUUGAAGAACUGAAACAACAUAUGAAGGAAUACGUUGACAGUAAAUUUGAGUAUCUUGUGAAUUUGAUAAAGACAAACCACUCUGAGAUGAUGAAUUCUAGGAAUAGGGAGGACGACAAACAACCAAAGGUAUUGUGUUGUAUAUCUGAUUUGGGCGGCAAGUCUACGCCGUGCAUUGUUGAAGUUUUCGAUAAAGAAGUCAAUGAUGGACAUCAAACAAGUACCUGCAAGUUUGAUCAACAACCAACCUCACCGAUACAGAUGGAUUUUGCCAUUAAUGACCAAGACAUUGGUGUAUCUGAUUUUGAUGUUGAAGAUCAGACUGAAGAUACAUUGAAGAAUCAUCAAGAAAUGAAGGAAGUUUUAGAACUUCAAUCAUCAGAUGCAAAUGUUCAUCAUACUGCAGAAACAACUGAGCAUAAGAAGGAUUCUACAACAUCUGGUACAAUAUCAUCUGAAACUCGAGAAGGCAUGCAUACACUUAUUGCUGAUCUAGGAAGAUUGCAUAUUCAUGUUAAACCAGUUAGUGCAGCAAAUCCACAGGAGUUAACCAAUAGCCAAAUUUUACUUUCGGACAGUCAAUUAUCCACUGAUAUUCCAAUCAUAGAGAUUGUUGUCCGACGUAAUACAAUUACUCCUCUUGCACGUAUCAGGAUGCCUUCAAAAAUCUGCAAAUCUCCUUAUUUGACUUCAUUUGGGUCAAGUGAAAAAGGAAAAGAGGUCACAGAGGAUGUAAUCCGUCAAAAUUUUCCAUUUGAAGGUUGUGAGAUCACAAAUCAAGCCCCAUCAUAUCUGAUUGAUGAGUUUAUUCAGUGGGUUACUACAGGUCUUCUCAAAACACAUGCCAAAAAGAAACCAAUAGAGGAUAAGUACAGAGCAAAAGCCUCUUCUUUAGGUUUUGAAAUGAUGGAUUAUGUUGUUGCAUAUCCGUCCAAUAAAAAUUGGUUCUAUGCCAUGUCCCAGCCCAAAAACUGCUGGACUGAUCAGGUAAAUAUGACAUGUAUAAGUUCAAGGGUGGAUGCAUAA